AAAAACUGCUUCAUGUUGUCGAAAUAUUCUAGACUCAUUGUUAUAUUUUUAAAUGAAAAACAACAUCAGUCAAAUUGUAUUCGAAAAUUUUGUAAAGAAUACAACAUUGAACUUCAAGAUAAACCUUCAUCAUCACCAAUCCAUCGUCUUGAAGAAACAGAAGAUACUGAUCCACCAUUAAAUAAAGAAACUGAACAAAACGACGAGAAUUUAAUUAUUGACGAUAAACAAGAUAGUCCUGCACAAAUAACAAAUGUGUCUCAAAUAUAUCAAGCAGAACUAAUGUCAAUUGAUCCGCAAAUCAGUCAUAAAAGAAAGGCAGAUCAGCUACUCGAUGAACAGGCAUCAUAUGAUGAAAAUACUCCAGCAACAAAAAAGCCACUCGAAUUACUCGACCAACUCGAUCAACUCGUCGCAAAUCAUAAUUGA